AUGAGUGUGCAUAGUACAUGGCCUGUUAUGCUUACUUGUUACAACCUUCCGCCAUCUGAAUGCACGUCAAAGGAUUUUACGAUGUUAACACUACUGAUUCCUGGUCCACUUGGUCCCAAUCAUAACAUAGAUGUUUAUUUGCAGCCUUUAAUCGACGAGUUAAUUGAUUUGUGGACACUCGGUGUGGUAACGUACGAUGUGCAUACAAAGACAUCCUUUACAAUGAAAGCAAUGUUAUUGUGGUGCAUACAUGACUUCCUUGCAUAUGCUCAUGUUUCUGGUGUGCGUACUUCUGGAAGAUUUGGUUGCCCUGUGUGUGGAGAAAAUACAGAGGCGAUCAGGCUAAAAUGGGGUACUAAGUAUGCUUAUAUGGGUCAUAGAAGGUUUCUAAGAGAUAAAUCUCACCCUUAUAGACGGAAAACAUCUGAGUUCAAAGGAAGUGUGGAGACAAGGGGUGCCCCAAGACGUUUGAGUGGCGUCGAAUUAUUCAACAAGACAACAACCGCAGACAAAGAAUUUGGGAAGUUGGUCAAGUGGCCGGCCGUACGUGAGUCUCCGUGGUCAAAGAGAUCGAUACUUUUUUGUCUCCCAUAUUGGAAGUUUCUGCAAAUCCGGCACAAUGUGGAUGUCAUGCAUGUAGAAAAGAAUUUUUCAGAGAACUUGUUUGGAACAUUUAUGAGUCAUAAGGACAAGAACAAGGAUGGGCAUCUGGCGCGCAAAGAUUUGAAACUAUUAAACUUGAAGCAUAGCUUGUGGUUGAAGGAAGAUAAUGGAAAAGUGGAGAUGCCUCGUGCACCUUGUUGUAUGUCUAAGGCAGAAAAGGAAGUCAUCUGUAAAACUCUUAGCACGAUUAAAGUUCCAAUUGGUUACAGUGGUAAUUGGAAAAAGAAAGUAUGCCUGAAAGAGUUCCAAUUGAAGGGUUUGAAAUCUCACGAUUAUCAUAUUCUGAUGCAGGGGUUAAUGCCUAUUUUUAUAAUGCAUUGUUUCAAAGAUCAUAAUCCUUUGCGUGAGGCAGUUCGACACUUAUCAUUGUUUUUCAAAGUACUAACUUCCAAGGUUAUUGAUCGUGUUGAGAUUCUUAUAAUGCACGAACGUGUGGUGGAGUCAAUAUGUGUGUUCGAAAUGUAUUUCCCACCUGCAUUUUUUGUUAGUAUGACUCAUGUUGUCGUACACUUGGCAGAAGAGGCACAUCAAUUGGGGCCUGUUCAGUUUAGGUGGAUGUACCCUUACGAGGGGAUGAUGAGAUACUACAAGAUACUUCCUGCAGUGAGGCGAAAAUCUUUGAAGUGUCGUGGAAAGAUAUCAAUGCCCAGUGAUGUUUAUGAAGGUCCAUACCCAGCUAAUUCACAAGGAAAACCACAUUUUUUGACCACCGUAGAAUAUGAACAAGUUCGUUUGUGGAUAUUGAGACAUUCAGAUGAAAAUACUGAAUGGGAAGAAAAGUACAAGAUAUACGUCUGUAAUUGUAACCAAACUCGUACGGGGAGGAUACAACCUACAGAAUACAUUGAAUGGCUACAGAAACAACUUGACAGCACUCUCAUGACAGAUUUUCGUAGGCUGGCAAUUGGUCCUACCUUCACUACAGUUUCGUACAACUCAUAUUUUGAUAAUGGCUAUCUUUUUUACACAGCCGAUGCAGAAAAAAAUUUAACUACACAAAAUAGUGGAGUCACCAUGGAAGCUUGCACCAGUUUUAGAGCAAGUUCCAGAGAUACUAACUUGGUCGAUAACGAUACUACAUACUACGGUGUUCUACAACGUAUACUUGAACUGGAUUAUGGAGUUUUCUCUGAAAUUGUUUUUUACUGUGAUUGGGUGCGAGUCGAAGACAAAAUACAUGGAUCCUAUGUGGAUGCAGAUACAAAGUUGAGGUUUUUCAACUUCAGAAGCUUUAUGAGAAGCUCAAAAGAAGUCGACGAGCCAUUCAUCCAUGCUUCUCAAGCUAGACAAGUUUUUUACUGCAGAGAUGUGACAAGUGAGCAUUGGAAUUUUGUUUUGGAAUCUCCAAUAAGAUCAAACCCCAAUAAGAAUGCUUUGGAAGAUCCAUUUUUCUUCACUGCAAAUGCGAAUGAAGCUCCAUCAAUUUUGACAACUGUUGGAGAUGAUGAGUAUUGGAAUGGAUAA